GUAAUGGUGUUUCUACUCGUAAAUAAAAUAUCUCAAACAGAGACCAUGAAAAAAUGGCUUAAAGUGUUGUACCAAUAUGGUGACGACGGAAAGUCAGGAUUUGCAGACGAAAUGUCAUAAUCUGAACGGAAAGGUGAAUUAGUCCUUCAAGUUCAGUAAAAUAUCGUUAUUUUCAGUAUUGGACUGCCAAAGAUUCGGGCUAAAUAACGUUGGACGUAAUGCUUUUUAUAGACGCCAAUGCCGUGAAUAGGUUCAUUGUUCUGUUAGCAGGUUUUGUUGUUGUCUCCCACAUGUCUUCACUUCCUGUUGAAGAUGAUUCGAUGAAAUCAGCAACAUUCACGUCUCUGGAAUCUGUAUUUACCAACAAGCGAAUUAACACAGACCUGAUCGCAGAAUUUACGAAUAUAAUGAAAAUUGCAUGCAUGGGUGAGUGUUUGAGUGACUUAAAUUGUGAUUCGGUUGGUUACCAUAGUGGCCAAAAGAAAUGUCGUCUACACGAUGUAAUAGUUUCCGGUUCCGGAGGAGUCACUGAAAGUGGAUGGGAAUAUUAUUCCAUGCAGGAAGAUUUCUGCUCGCAAGAAAAUUUUGUUCACAACCGGAUACUGGACAUAUGCUACUACAUUCCUCCAGGAAGCCAUACGUGUCCCGACGCGAUAGCAAUUUGUUCCAAUUUUUCUGCAAAUUUACUGACGGUGGACAGCCAGGCUAAGCAGGAUUGGACGCACGACUUAUGCGUGAGCGAAAACAUCGAUGGGACUUUCUUCGACGCUUUCCUGGAUAGUCACCUAUCUGUGUGGAAGCUAGGGAAAACUGGCAUGGAGCUGACGUACACGUACUGGGACGGCGGAGAACCGGAUAACUUUGGCCACUGCAUAGGAACCAAACCUUACCAUGGCUGGGAAUGGCAUGACUACCCAGUGGAAUGGACGGCUGGAAUUAUAUGCGAGAUCCGCCGUCCUUAAAAUGGGGCGCCGUAAAUUUAUAGUAAAAAUGUAAACUGAUAGUGUUAUAGCUGAUAAAGCUAGCACUUACUGUAGAGAACUCAAAACAAACAACCCGACUCUUUGAAUGGCGGACUAGGACUAACUUCAUUACCGAAGAUAUUAGAGAGUUUCACAUCAAGGGCGAUAACUCGUGAAGGCUAAGUCAAUACUAUUAUACUUACCAGUAACCCCAAAUUACCUUUUAUGACAGCUGUUAUCUCCCUAAUCAGGCAAUGCAGUGACAAACUCGUUUGUAUUGUUCAAACGUUCGUCUAAGGAUGACGACAACCGCAUGUACGAGGGCCUACUUCGAGCGCUUACUAUAGACCUAUCCACAUAGCUUUAUUUGAGUUAUCGCCCCUAGUACGGCGAUAGUGGCGCCUGGAUUAAAGCAACUUCCGGUUAAGGUAACGAUCGAAGCAUGGUACGAGAGGAGCAGUCAUCAUACUUUUCGUCGAAAACAUGUUUAUAUGAAAAGAAGUGAAGAGUUUCAUGUGGCGUUGCAGGCUCUUUGACUAUUAUUUAAACAACUUGACAGCAUUUUAUAAACUGUCGAGUCACAUUUACUAAAGAAACGCCCGAUUGUAAGUCGCCGGACAUUGAUGAUUUCCGUGAUAAUGACACUUGGGUUGUUUACUUUGUUGACAGCGGCGAAUAUUGUUUGAUUCCUUGAAUUUACAUCGAACAUAAUUACGGAACGAGGGACCCGAUACUGAAGUUGUGGCACGCUGUUCUUAUGCUAUUAAUUCUAAACAUUGUCAAUAAAUAUAUUUUUUACAGUCAAAAUGACAGUCAAUUAUCCGAUGAUAUCUCUGAUAUUACAAUGUGUUGUUUCCGAUUAUAUAUAUAAAAAAACGUAUUAACAGAACCACGGAACAAUAUGAUUUCCAAUAGACGAUAAUGUUAACGUUUAUCACUGUCCUGCUUAAGUGGAGUUUUUUUUAAACACUGGUCUACUAGCCCUUAUUUUGAAGAAUGUCA